GGCAGCGCCACGUGACCGCCUCCCGGUGACACCGCGUGCGCCGCGUCCCUCCCUCAGCCGGGCCAUGGCGGGCGCGGUGGCGGCCGCGGGCUCCGCAGAGCAGUUCCAGCAGCUGCUGCAGCGCCCGGACAGGUCCCUGGUGGUUGUGCACUUCUGGGCGCCGUGGGCUCCGCAGUGCGCGCAGAUGAACGAGGUGAUGGCAGCGCUGGCCCGGGAGCACAGCCAGGUCACCUUCGUCCAGCUGGAAGCUGAGGCUGUGCCUGAAGUGUCUGAAAAAUAUGAAAUUAGUUCUGUUCCAACGUUCUUGUUCUUUAAGAAUUCCCAGAAGGUGGACAGGCUGGACGGGGCCCACGCGCCGGAGCUGACGCAGAAGGUCCAGCGGCACGCGGCCGGCACUGCCCCCGUGCCCGGCUCCGGGGGCUCUGCCAAGGAGGAGCUCCAUGCCCGCCUCAGGAAGCUCAUCAACGCUGCCCCCUGCAUGCUCUUCAUGAAAGGCUCUCCCAAAGAACCCCGCUGUGGGUUCAGCAGGCAGCUGGUGGAGAUCCUGAGCCAGCACGGCGUCGCCUUCAGCAGCUUCGAUGUUUUCUCCGACGAGGAGGUCCGGCAGGGGCUCAAAACCUUCUCCAACUGGCCCACCUACCCUCAGCUCUACGUGGCUGGGGAGCUCAUCGGGGGCCUGGACAUCGUCAAGGAACUCGAGGCAUCUGGAGAGCUGGACACGAUCUGCCCAAAGGCCCAGAAGCUGGAGGACAGGCUUAAAUCCUUGAUAAACAAAGCUCCUGUGAUGCUCUUCAUGAAGGGAAGCAAACAGGUGGCAAAAUGUGGCUUCAGCAAGCAAAUCAUAGAAAUCAUGAAUAACACUGGCGUGGAUUACGAGACAUUUGACAUCCUGGAGGACGAGGAGGUGCGACAAGGCCUCAAAUCCUUUUCCAACUGGCCCACGUACCCCCAGCUGUACGUGAAGGGGGAGCUGGUUGGGGGGCUGGACAUUGUGAAGGAGCUGAAGGAAAGUGGGGAAUUGCUGCCUGUGCUGAAGGGAGAGAAUUAAUGGGAAGGACAUCAGUGAGAAGAGAAAUCCCUGGAACAACAUCCAGUUAGAGAUUCUCCUGGAGCCACAGACAGCUUCAGCCCUGAGGAGCAUCAGGAGUGAAAAUAGACAGGAAAUGAUCAAUAUUCUGUGUAUUUUACCUGUAUGAAAAGAAGUUUCACUGGAGACACAAAAAGGUCAAUUAAAAUUCGGUGCUCCAGGA